AUGGAUUGGAAACCUACUGUGGCGAUGGUGGCAGUGGUGGUCAUGUACGCGGUGAUGAACACACUUACGAAGGCAGCCUUUAACGAAGGGAUGGGCACCACUAUCCUCCUCGUCCUCCGCCUGCUCGUCGCCACGCUCUUCCUCGCCCCAAUCACAUACUUCAAAGAGAGGAAGAGUAGACCUAAGCUGACCACCGAGAUCCUCGUGUACCUCUUCUUCAGUGCCUUGCUCGGAAACUCACUGUCGCAGUGGCUCUUCUUCCGGGGUCUGCGAUACACGACCGCGACGUUCGCGAGCGCCUUCAACAACACGACCCCCAUGUUCACCUUCCUCCUCGCGCUAGCCUUCAAGCUGGAGAAGCUCGACGUGGCCACAGGCUCGGGCGCCGCCAAGCUCACCGGCACGGCCGUGGGGCUGGCCGGAGCGACGGUGCUGGCGCUCUACCACGGUCCGGCACUGACGGGGGCGCCGUCGGCGGACCACCUCACCACCGCCGCCCACGGCAGCGCGCGGAGUUGGGCGGUGGGGUCGGCGGCGCUACUGGGCUAUUCCGGGAGCUUGUCUCUGUGGUUCAUCAUGCAGUCGAAGAUCGGGACAAAGUACCCGGCGCUCUACUCCGGCACAGCGUGGAUGUUCCUGCUCAGCUUCGUCCAGAUGGCCGUCGUCGGGGCCUCCACUGAGAAGAGGACCUGCCAGGUCUGGGUCCCCGGCACAGCGCUCCAGGUCGUCACAGUGCUCUUCGCGGGCGUCGCGGCGUCCGGGCUGGGGUUCCUGGCCAUGUCAUGGUGCGUGGAGCGGCGAGGGCCCGUGUUCACCACCGCCUUCAUGCCGCUAAUCCAGAUCGUCACCGCUGGGAUCGACGUUGCCAUCCUCCACGAGCAGCUCCGCCUCGGGAGCGUGGUCGGGUCAGCGGUCGUGGUCGUGGGGCUGUAUUUGGUCCUAUGGGGGAAGAGCAAGGAGGCAAGCACCAUUAAUGGACCUCCGCCAUCAGAUCCCGAGCUUGUGCUGGAACCUGGAAGUGAUAACAGAGCAGUGUGUGUGAUACGCAGCUACGUAAGGUGA